AUGGCGGACAAGGUCAUCAACCUCGAGUACCGCGGUCGCGUGGCCCUCAUCACCAUCGACAACCAGAGCAAGCUCAACGCCCUGACGCAGCAGUACUACUUUCAGAUUGCCCAGUCUCUGCGCGAGAUUGAAAAGCACGACGAAGUCUUCGUGACCGUCAUCAUGGGCAAGGGCCGCUUCUUCUCCGCCGGCGCAGACGUCAGCAUCACCCGGGCCACGCCCACCGACCCCCAGGAGGCGCACGCCUACUGGCUGCAAAACUUCUCCGCCUUCAACCUCAACACCACCCUCGCCCUCGCCGAACACCCCAAGGUGCUCGUCUUCGGCCUCAACGGGCCCGCCGUCGGGCUCUCCGCCGCGCUCGUCGGCCACGCCGACUUCGUCUACUGCGCGCCGCACACCUUCCUGCUCACACCCUUCUCGUCGCUCGGCCUGGCGCUGCUGGCGUGCGGGUUCGCGAAUGCGGUGUUUGACGAGCCGAGCUGGGAGGCGUUUCACGCGCGGGUCCUGAAGGAGGUGGAGGAGACGAUGGGGGAGCACUUGAACGGGGAGAGCAUGACGGGGAUCAAGGCGCUGCUGAAGGCGCCGGAGAGGGCGAUACUCGAGGCGCAGAACUCGAAGGAGGUCAUGGCUGGCUUGCAGCGCUUCGUCAAGGGUAUCCCGCAGGAGGAGUUUCGCAAGCUCGCCUCGGGGGAGAAGCGGCAUAAGCUGUAG